AUGUCUGAAAUCAAAAGGCUUAUUAAGAAUAAGUCCCAGCCUGAUAGAAUGGCUACUGUCCAAGAUUUAAGCAUCGAGAGUAAUCAUCUCAAGAAAGAAGUCUCAGAGUUAAAGGCUUCUAAUGUAGCCUUAGAUGAAAGAAUUUUCAAGCUAGAAAAUUCUGACACUACUAUUGACAAAGAACUCGGUACUAAUAAUACUGAGACAAAUAUUGGUACAGAAACAUCUAAAGGCAAAACUGCUGGUAAAUUACUAGCAGCAAAUGAUUAUGCUGAGGAUGAAUUUUUACAGAAACUCCAAUCUAAAGUUACUACCAGAAGACCUAUAAAAUGGGAUGAAGUGGUAGCUCCCCAAAACACUGGUAAUACAGAGGUUUUUCAUUUUUCUAUUCCUAUGUCAUUUUUCUACCCUAAAAAUCGUAAUGACAAGUCAUAUGAACCUACUCACGUAUCUCAACUUGUUGAGAAAUCUCUUUCUAAAGCACUAUCAUUCUAUUAUCCUUACGCUGGAGGACUAAAGGAUAGUUCCUUUGUUGAUUGUAACGACGUUGGGGUUGAGUUAUCCCACGUUCGUGUCCAUUGUCCCAUGUCUGAAAUUUUUAAUCACCCUUACACUGAUGCUGAACAUGUAGUUUUUCCAGUAGUCCAACCUUACGGCCACAAUGAAGGAAAUUUAGCUAUAACUCAGGUAAGCCAUUUUGAUUGCGGAGGAACGGCAGUUGGUGGAUGCUUAUCGCACAAGAUUGGAGAUGGUUGCACCGCCAGUAGUUUCUUGUACAACUGGGGGGUUUUGAGCCGUGAUAUAAGUGCAAAUUUAUCUCGUCCUCAUUUUGUUGAAGACUCCAUCUACCCUCAAUCUAGUGAUCCCUCUAUUCUGUCAAAGUCUAUAAAGUCAGAAGAACCUGGAUAUCUAGGGAAAAGAUUUAUUUUUCCUGCUGCUAAAGUAAAUGCACUCAAAGCCAUAUUUUCUAUGGAUUCAGGAGUAUGCAAUCCUACUCGAGCCGAAGUUGUGACCGCACUCCUUUAUAAAUGUGCUGUAGCUGCACGAAGAGCGAAUUUUGGUUCAUUUAGACCAUCUUCCUUGUUUCAAGUGGCAGAUAUGCGCCAAAGGCUGAACCCAUCUUUGUCACAAGAUGCAUCUGGAAAUAUUGUAUCUGGAUUUUUGGUGCCAAUAACCAAUGAAAGGGAAAUGUAUUGUCCAAGAUUGGUUAGUGAAAUGAGAAAGGAGAAAGAGAAACUUGUGGAUAAAGAUAAUAUUAACAAAAAUGCAUUUAUCUCAAAAGUAAUUGCUUCACUUGAAAAAGGGAAAAACAAUGAAUCUGAUGAUUAUUAUUGUAGCAGUUUGAAUGCAUUCCCGCAUUAUGAAACGGACUUUGGUUGA